GUCAUAUUCGUUAAUGUCCGGGUAUCCUUCCUUUCCAUAAGUAAUCUUAUUUGGGAGCACAAACUGGACCAAACACUGUGGGUGGAAUGCUGAACUAUCUGGACCUCUGCAGUAGAUUCCUUUAAAAGUCUUAUCGAUGCAUUUCUCACGAUCAGUCGAGCUGUAGCGUAUGUCUGUCUGAGCAAUGGGAGAUGGGUCUUCUAAAGGACUUAGACAGACUGAACAAGUCGGGUACGAUAUUUCCCAGGAAGAAAGAAUCUACUUCCUUUAAUAGACUGGAGAUAACUGAUAAACACAAAAGAGAAGUAGAUCAUUCAAGGGAGCAAGAAAUGAAUUGGUUCAAAGUUGAUACCGAAUUGAUCAAGAAAUAGGUUAGUGCAUGGGGUGGUAGGUCUCCAGAAGAAGUAGAAAGCAUAAUAGUUUAUUGGGAAUGACAUUAGGUAGAAAU